AUGGCUGUCACACUACAGUUGCUCUACAUUAUCGACCUGGAUGCAAGCAGUCAAGUGUUGAGAGCAUACAUGGUAAUGGAUCUCGUUUGGCAAGAUCCUCGUCUUGUAUGGGAACCCGAAGAGUUUGAUGGACGUUCUGCAAUCGUUGUUCAAUGCGAUUCUCUUUGGAUUCCGGAUGAUUUCGUGAUAAAUGCAAUCGCAAUCGAUCAGGUUGCCCCCGAGCGUUUU